UCCGGUGCCAUGCACAUGUCUACGGCAUUUACUAGCGGCAGCAAACAUCGGAUCGCCGUUGCUCAGCUUCGAUCCACUUCUGACAAAUUCUCUAAUCUCUUGGACGUUGCUAGGUGUGCAGGUUGGGCCAAACGGGAUGGUGCUGCUAUGCUUUUUCUUCCCGAAUGUUGCUGCUUUCUGGGGGAAAGUGCCUCGCAAACCUUAGAAGAGGCGGAUCCCCCAAUCCAAGAUGCUGACAUUUUGAUUCUGGAUGGUCUUCGCAACAUUGCUCGUGAGAGCGGACUAUGGAUUUCGGCGGGAGGAAUUCAUGUGUCCGGCGCUCCACCUCACGAUACAGCAGACCCAGACCAUUCGAGAGUAUACAAUACGCACUUAAUCAUUGAUUGUGUAGGCACCGUGAAGUGCCUUUACCGAAAAAUACACCUUUUCGAUGUCGAAAUCCCUGGACAAGUGAGCUUGAGAGAAAGUGCGACUACUGCUCCCGGCAAAGCCGUGAAGGUUUGCGACAGUCCCAUCGGAUGUCUAGGGGUAACUAUAUGUUACGACUUGCGCUUCCCAGAAAUGUACGUAAAACUCACUACACAAGGCGCGCAGAUUUUGCUGGUGCCAAGCGCAUUCACAAUUCCAACUGGCACCGCUCACUGGCACACUCUACUCCGCGCACGAGCAAUAGAAAAUCAAUGUUUCGUCAUUGCCGCCGCGCAGUUUGGUGAGCACAAUCACAAAAGAGAAAGUUAUGGACAUGCACUCAUUGUUGACCCAUGGGGAGAAGUCUUGGCAGACGCUGGGGGCGCGGACGGUGGUGGUACGGUAUCCAUCGACGCCUCGAACCUCGUCACACCGUCAAUUAUGGUACAAGAAAUUGACUUGGACCUUGUCACCUCGGCUCGCCAACGUAUUCCGAUUCAAAAUCAUCGAAGAGCUGCUGAGUUCUAG